AUGUUUGCCGAUUCUUCCCGAAUUUUACCGCAGCUCUACUCUUCUGCCCGGGGACCAGCUUGCUCACCGUCCUCCCUCCUGGUCCUCUGCCUUCAGUACUCCAGCGGCAAUGACAUCCCCGGACUCCCCACCGAUGGUUUCCCCAUCUCCUUGCCCGGCUCCCCCUCCGUCCCUCCCCUCCUCCCCCGUGCCCUCUUCCCCAGCGCCGUCCUCCUCCUCGAUCCCCGCGCCACCCUCGCUGCCCCCACCGGUGAAGUGAUGGUGCUGGCUCUGGGCCGGAAGAAGCAGAGAGUGCUGAUUGCGCUCUCCAUCCUUGCUGAACGCCUCAGUACCUUGGGAGAAGGGCGACGGCCCGGGGACAGCGGGGGCCCGUCCCAGUGUAAGCAGUAUACCAAUAGCAGCCAGUCUGCUGUGGUGGACUGCGAGAAUGGAUGGGACUACAACGUCACAGAGGGGCUGAAGAACAACAUCGUCACUGAGUGGGAUCUGGUGUGUGGUCAGUACUGGCUGGUCCCAGUGGAGGAGGUGUGUUUCAUCCUUGGUGUCCUGACUGGCUGUCUCAGCUUGGGCUACGCCGCUGACAGGCUGGGCAGGUCCAAGACCCUCCUGACCUCUCUGACCCUCUCGGUGGUGUUCGGGGUGCUCGUGUGCGUCUCCCCGUACCCUUCUGUCUUCAUCGUCAUGCGUUUCUGUCUGGCGGCGGCCAGUGCGGGAGUCUAUCUUACUCUGUAUAUCACCCGUCUGGAGCUGUGUGAGCCGUCUCUCAGGCUGAUGGCCACCACGCUGGCUGGCCUGACGACUGUAGCCGGGGAGCUGCUGCUGCUGGCCGUGGCCCUCGGGUGCCAGUCCUGGAGGGGCCUGCUGGGAGCUGGGUCCGCCCCACUAACACUCUUUCUCAGCUACGGAGUUCCUGGGGUGUUUCCAGAAUCUCCUCGCUGGCUCCUUCUGUCGGAGCGAUCUUCAGACAUGAACGCGUUCAGCGAGAGAAGGAACUCCAACAGAGACGUGAGGGACGACGAAAGCUUCACAGAGCUGGAUUCAGAGCCAGCCCCCUCCUCAAAGCCCCACCUGUCCUUCCCUGAGCUCUUCCACAGCAGGAACAUCUGGAAGAACAUGUGCGUGCUCGGCUUCACCUCAUUCAUCUCUCACGGCAUUAGUCACUGUUACAGCUCUUUCCGAGGUGACGUCAGGGGCACCGCCCCCAGCUUCUAUUGGACGUACCUGCUCUCUGUGUGUGCAGGCGGUGGGGCCUGGCUGUUGCUUUGGACGAUUGUAGACAGGUGCGGUCGCCGCGGCAUCCUCCUUCUCUCCAUGACGAUGACGGGGCUGGCCUCUUUGAUCCUCCUGGGACUCAUGGAGUAUCUCAGUGAGACAGCCAUCACGAUUUUCUCAGUGCUGGGUCUCUUCUCUUCCCAAGCCACCGCCUCCCUCUGCAUCCUCUUCACUGCAGAGGUCAUGCCUACCAUCAUCAGAGGGAGCGGUGUAGGAGCUGUGCUCGCUCUGGGCUGCGUGGGCCGUCUCAGCUCCCCUCUCAUGGACCUGCGAAACCACUACGGCUACUUCCUGCACCACGUCGUCUACUCCUCUCUGGCUCUGCUGGCCGUGCUGUCCAUCCUGCUGCUGCCCGAGAGCAAGAGGAAGCCGCUGCCCCAGACGCUGGCCGACGGUGAGCAGUACAGACGCCCCCCGCUGGGCAGGAGGAGACGGGACAAUGUGCCACUGCUGGCGACCCCCAACCCAGAGACCUAAAAUACACAGAGCGACGGACUCCGUUAACACCACUCACUUUUACAGCCAGGACAUUUUUCAUCCAUCAUCCUUCAUGUUCAUGUAGAGGACAGACAAAGCAAUAUAAAGACCUAAUAGGUAACCCAGAGCGACGGAGAGAAAAGGGCUGCAACAGAUCAUCACCGAUCAGCAUCCACGACACUGAUGACAGCGAUCAGACUUUCAGCUUUUUAACAUAUCAUCGCUACAGACGUUAGCGAUUGGGUGGAGUUGCCGUCAUCUUUGUGUUUCUCUUGUUCCUGCCGUUCAGAUGUGCGUUAAUGUCCUUGUGAAGACACACAAUCUUCACACGCAUCUCCAUCUCUUCCUGGCCAGACGGCGGCUCUCGCCCCCGCCGCGUGAGACACACCAGCACCCACUGCUGCACGCCAUCCUCCAUCCUGAGUGUGUCCAUCACAGAGAUGCUAGCUGCUUAGCAUAUGUGACUUUAAGAGUAGUCGCUGGUUAUUGCUAGCAUUAGUUUUGACCUGGAAUCAUGUGUUUGUUUUCUUUUUUUUGCGUGUGUUUGCUGCGUAUGACGACACAAGUGCUCAGAGCUGUACAAAAGUCAGUUUUGUACCAUUUUCUGUGACCUUUGUCAUAAAACUCUAAACCGUCUAGCUCUGCGAGCGGAGGAGGAACCACAGUUCUCAGACAUGUGAUGUAACACUUGACAGGAUUGUCGGGGUUAAACGCCUUGUAAAUACUCUAGAGUUAGUUUCUUUAACUUCCUGGGGCAUCUGAGUUUUGUUAAAGCAGACCCUGUGGCUGGAUCCUUACAGUACAGUAUGCUAUGCAGUGGGGAAAAGCACUUUGAAUCUUUUUAAUUUCUUUCUUUCUUUUUUUUUUUUAAAUAAUGUUGAAUCAUUUGAUUGAAGUCUUCAAAAAUCAAGGGAAGAACAAGUCAUCUAUUAUAAGUAUUUGGAACAAAGGCUAAAACUUCUCUGAGCAGAGAACAAAUGGUGGAAAUCCACUCACUGACUCUGGCCUGGAGCCAGCGGUAUUUAUAUGUCUGUUUAUAUUUAUGUUGUUCUUAAGCUUAAUUAGUAAAUUAUCCAGAAGCACUAAGCUAAAUUGGGUUGACAUGGAAUGAACUUUCCAUUCUCUGGCGUCAUUAUUCAAUAACAGUGAAGCUGUUGACCGUCACAACAUUCCUAUCUGCAUGUCUGAAAUCACUGAAGGGCUUUUUUUUUGUAUGUCCUCAGAAGCUAAUAGUUAGUCAAUACCUCUCUAGAUGACCAGCCUCAGCUGUAAGAGAACAGACGGGUACCACAAACUCUAGUAGAACUUUUUAAACGGUGACGUGCUUUAAACGGGCACACUUAUUUUUUCUGAAGCUGAACGUGGAGUUAUGGAGGUCGUCUGUUAUUUUUAAAUGAAUGUUUAUUCAUGCUGGAGAAAGGGCCCGAUGAUUACACUCCACUGGAUUUGAAUGGGAGUUGCAGAGGGCCUCAGAGCUCCAAAUUAACCCCUGACUCCUCCUCCUCAAGCACGCUCCUGGGAGGUUUUCAGUCUCUAGUAUGCUGGCUGAAGCCGUAUCACGUAUGGCACAAAUUCAAACUGUGUGUGUAUGAGUGUAUUUUCCCCCCUCAAGUUUACACCUGUGUGUAUCUGUGUGUAUCUGUGUGUGUGUGUGUGUGUGUGUGUGUGAUUUUAAACAGGACGGGGGGUUUGGUUAAUUUGAACUCUGACACUGAGCACUAAUUAUGAAGGACGCACACCUUAGCUGACGGUCUCUUUCCCCGUCAGCCUUUGGUACAUCUUUUUUCUUUUCCUGUGUACGUUGCACUCAAAUCCUAACACUUAUACACUGAUAAUUAUUAUCACUAUGAUUAACUUGGCUCGAAUAAUGUUAUGUCUGACAACAUUGAUGAUGUGUUCAAUGAUGAGUGUGAUGCAGUUAACUAUAGCCUGAUUUCAUGUUAAAUAAAACUGAUCACAAAAA